GGGGUCCAUAUUGUUCUCCUGCAUCAUGUGGUGCUUGUUAUUUCUUGACUAUAGUUGAUGACUAUUCACGUGCGGUAUGGGUUUUUUUGAUGAAAGAAAAAAGUGAGGUGUCCCGAAUACUUAAACAAUUUCUUGUGUUGGUGGAUCGUCAAUUUAACAAAAGGGUGAAAAUUGUUAGGAGUGAUAACGGGACAGAAUUUCAGUGUUUGAAAAAUUAUUUUAUGGAUCAUGAAAUUAUUUUUCAAACAACUUGUGUUUACACUCCACAGCAAAAUGGACGGGUUGAACGUAAACACAGGCAUAUUUUAAAUAUAGCGCGGACUAUUCGUUUUCAUGCUCACCUUCCUAUUGAUUUUUGGGGCGAGUGUGUGUUGACUUCAUGUUAUCUUAUAAACCGGUUGCCUUCUCCGGUUUUGGAGUAUAAGAGCCCUUAUGAGUUAUUGUAUAACAAGGCACCCAAGUACGAACAUCUUCGUGUCUUUGGUUGCCUCUGUUAUGCACGUUCACACGGGACUAAUGGUGAUAAAUUUUCUCAAAGGGGGUUGAAAUGUGUUUUUUUAGGGUAUCCUUAUUCUUAAAAGGGUUGGAGAUUGUAUGAUCUUGAAUCUCAACAUAGUGGUAAUGCAACCACCGUCCCAUCUUAUUGGAGAUGAUCUCGAUGGCAUGCAUGAAGAUACGAAUGAUGAUGGUACAUGCAUGCAUGGGAACAUGGGUCAUACAUCAACAUCAUUGGGUACUGGCAGUGUUGAGGAUAUGGGGAAUACGACAUCUGUUUCACAUAAUCAUUAGGCUGGCCGCACUCACACAUCUGAAGCCGAUGUACGACGCAGUACACGACCAAAGCACCAGCCGUUGUGGCAUAAAGACUACGCCGUGCAGAUUAGUACUAUGAAAAUAGAUACUCCUCCGGUUGUUUCCUCGUCUUCAUUAGUUGAUUCAGGUAACCCGUAUCCCUUAUCUCGUUAUGUAAUUUAUAACUGUUUUUCGGUGCAGCAUUGUGGUUUUCUUGCAGCCAUUUCGAUCACUAGGGAACCAAAUACAUUUCGUGAGGCAGUCAGUGAUCCCAAUUGGCGGGCUGCCAUGCAGCAUGAAAUCGAUGCAUUGGAACGCACAGGUACGUGGAAAUUACAGGAUCUUCCCCUGGUAAGAAACCUAUUUAUUGUAAAUGGGUUUACAAGAUCAAACAUAAGAGUGAUGGAAGCGUUGAUCGUUAUAAAGCCAGACUUGUAGUCUGAGGUAAUCGCCAGGUACAGGGAAUUGAUUACGACGAGACCUUUGCGCCAGUUGCCAAAAUGGUCACAGUACGUACUAUUUUGGCCAUAGCUGCGUCUCGCGGAUGGGAGACUCAUCAGAUGGAUGUCGACAAUGCCUUCUUGCAUGGUGACUUACAAGAGGAGGUGUACAUGCAUUUACCCCCGGUUAUUCAUCAGCUAAACCGGGACAGGUGUGCAGGCUGCUUCGGUCACUCUAUGGGCUUCGUCAAGCCCCACGUUGUUGCUUUAGAGAUAUUAGCUACGGAAGAUAUUUUUGGGUGGGAAUAAGAUGAGAUGAAGAGGUAUUAGAAGACGUCAUAAUGGGUUCGUUUAUGAAUCAAUCAAAUGAUUGAAGGUAUCUGAUACCAUGAAAGAUAAUAAAGUGGCUGAAAAGGCUUAACCAAUCGUAUAGAUUAGUUGGCCAUUUAUAUUGAUAUAUUCGCACUAAACUCUCAGGUAGUUACAUACUUACAUGUGAUAAGGAUGGAGUAUAUGAUUUACAGGGAUAGUAUUCUUUUUUUUUUUUUUGCGAGAUACAGGGAUAGUAUUCUAUCUAAUACAACCGAACUACAAAGAGAUAAGUACAAGUAAUACUUUAAUUAAUAAAUACAUUAGAUAUUAUAAUCUAUCAUGAAGUACUAUCAAAGACACCAAGGAAAAAAGAAAAAUGGAAAAAAGUAAAUAAAAAAAUGGAAAACAAAUGUCAAAUACCAGAGUUUUCAUCUAGUAAUCUGUCUCAAUCCCUGAUUUUCAAGUAGUGCGUAUUUAUUUGAUACUUUGUCUAGUAGAUGAGUUGGAUUGAUGUAUGUAUUUGAUACAGUAGGAUGGUGUAUUUGACCUUUUUUCCAAACAUAAUUUAUUCUUUUUCCAUGAUUCUUCAGAAUCAGUCAAUACAUUUAUUUCAGUUAAAAUUUUAUAAAUUUCAU